AUGGGGAAAGCGGCCGCUCUGUGCCGAGGCGGCGGCUGCAGCGGGCGCUCCCGCGGGCUCUCGUCGCUCUUCACCGUGGUGCCCUGCCUGGGCUGCCACUCGGCCGCCCCCAGCAUGAGCGCGUCGCCCCCCGACCCCAAGCCCGCCCGGGAGGACCCGGGGCCCGAACGGCCGUCGCCGCCGCUGCCGCUGCCGCUGUCGGAACCGCCCGCCGAGCCGGGCCCGGAGCCCACGUGGGAGCCCAGGCCGGGCUGCGAGGGCGGCUCGACCCCCGGGGCGCCGUCCGAGUCGCCCCCCGCGCAGGUGGACACCGUGGGGGCCCCGGUGGGGUCGGUGCCCUGGGCCCAGGUGGAGUGCAGACCCCCGCGAUCGGCCCCGAGGACGUCUCUGGAGGUGCCCCUGGCCGUGGCCGUGACCGGGGUGCCCACCAGCGCCGGCCCCGGGCUGCCCCCGCUGCCCCUGGACAGCUGCAGGGGCUGGCUGCUCAAGUGGACCAACUACCUGAAAGGCUACCAGCGCCGCUGGUUCGUGCUCAGCAACGGCUUGCUGUCUUACUACAGAAAUCAGGGGGAAAUGGCCCACACCUGCCGUGGCACCAUCAUUCUGUCCGCUGCUCAUUUUGAAACGGAGGAUUCUUGUGGCAUUAUGCUGACCAGUGGAGCCAGGACCUACCACCUCAAGGCCAGCACAGAAGGAGAGCGGCAGCAGUGGAUCACCAGCCUGAAGCUGGCCAAGGCCAAGGCUGUUCGCUUGAUGAGCAGCCACUCAGAUGACUCCGGAGACGACGAGGAGACCACCUCCCCAUCUGACAAGACCGAGCUCCACUAUACCAUCAAGAACCUCUCUGUGAAGCUCGAUGACCUGAGCACUUGCAAUGAGCUCAUUGGCAAGCAUGGGGCGGCGCUGCAGCGCUCGCUGAACGAGCUCGACGGCCUCAAGGUCCCGCCAGAGAGCAGCGAGAGGCUGAAGGUGGUGAAUGAACGGGCCACCCUCUUCCGGAUCACCUCCAAUGCUAUGAUCAAUGCCUGCAGGGACUUCCUGGAACUGGCAGAGACUCACAGCCGGAAAUGGCAGCGUGCACUGCAGUAUGAGCAGGAGCAGCGCAUCCACCUGGAGGAGACCAUCGAGCAACUGGCCAAGCAGCACAACAGCCUGGAACGCGCCUUCCGCAAUGGCCCGGGCCUAGCCGCCAACCCCAACAAGAGCUUCAGUCAGGGAAGUCUCUUAACUCCCAAAGGAGAGGACAGUGAGGAAGAUGAAGAUACCGAGUACUUUGAUGCCAUGGAAGAGGCCACAUCUUUCAUCACCGUGAUCACUGAGGCCAAGGAGGACAGGAAAGCUGAGGGUGAGACAGAUACAGACACAGACUGGAGUACGGCAGACAAUGUGCUGGAUGGUGCCUCACUUGUGCCCAAGGUUCCCCCCAAAGUCAAAAGACGCGCCUGCAUACCCGACAAACCCAACUACAGCCUCAAUCUCUGGAGCAUCAUGAAAAACUGCAUUGGCCGAGAGCUCUCUAAGAUCCCUAUGCCGGUCAACUUUAAUGAGCCCCUGUCCAUGCUCCAGCGGCUGACGGAGGACUUGGAGUACCAUGACCUGCUGGACAAGGCCGUGCACUGCAGCAGCUCCAUGGAGCAGAUGUGCCUGGUGGCUGCCUUCUCUGUGUCUUCCUAUUCCACCACUGUGCACCGCAUCGCCAAGCCCUUCAACCCCAUGCUGGGGGAGACCUUCGAGCUGGACCGGCUCGAGGAGAUGGGGCUACGCUCCCUCUGUGAGCAGGUGAGCCACCACCCGCCCUCAGCUGCACACUAUGUGUUCUCAAAGCACGGCUGGUCCCUCUGGCAGGAGAUUACCAUCUCCAGCAAGUUCCGGGGCAAAUACCUCUCCAUUAUGCCACUGGGUGCCAUCCAUUUAGAAUUCAAGGCCAGUGGGAAUCACUAUGUGUGGAGGAAAAGCACCUCAACUGUGCAUAACAUCAUCGUGGGCAAGCUCUGGAUUGACCAGUCAGGAGACAUCGAGAUUGUGAACCAUAAGACCAAUGACCGAUGCCAGCUCAAGUUCCUGCCCUACAGCUACUUCUCCAAAGAUGUUGCCCGGAAGGUCACAGGUGUGGUGAGUGACAGUCUUGGCAAGGCCCACUAUGUGCUGUCCGGCUCGUGGGAUGAGCAGAUGGAAUGCGCCAAGAUCAUGCAGAGCAGCGCCAGCAGCACUAGCGUGGAGGGGAAGCAGAAGACGGUGUACCAGACGCUGCCAGCCAAGCUGCUAUGGAAGAAGUACCCACUGCCGGAGAAUGCAGAGAACAUGUACUACUUUUCGGAGCUGGCCUUGACCCUCAACGAGCAGGAGGAGGGCGUGGCGCCCACCGACAGCCGCCUGCGGCCAGACCAGCGGCUGAUGGAGAAAGGGCACUGGGACCAGGCCAAUAUGGAGAAGCAGCGGCUGGAGGAGAAGCAGCGCAUCUCCAGGCGCCGGCGGCUUGAGUCCUGCUCUCAGGCCUGUGGCACCGAGGAAGCAGAAAAGGAGACGGAUGUGUACAUGCCGCUGUGGUUCGAGAGGAGGCUGGACCCGCUGACUGGAGAGACGGCCUACAUGUACAAAGGUGGCUACUGGGAGGCCAAGGAGAGGCAGGAUUGGCAUAUGUGCCCCAACAUCUUCUGAGCAUCAUCCUACCUGCAAAUACAGGCGCCUGUACAGCCUGGUCCACCUUUCUUGAAUGCACUCAACUUUAGAACUCCACGCCCCACAUCCUCAUACACCAUUUUCUUCCCUUCCCUUAUUUUUUUUUAAAAAGACUUUUAAGGGGUUCCCACCUUGGAAGGACAUGCUAAACUGGGUUUACUCCAGUCCCUGGGUGUCCCUUGACCUGCUCCCCUUCAUAUAUGGACUUGGCCCCAUCCUAGACUGGCUCCCAGAACUCAGGCCUGCAGGCCCGGGCCCCCCACGUCACCACACCCUCACUCCAGCCUCUACCAGGGAAGCAGCAGCCCCUCCUUGGGAGCCACAUUUGACUUUUUUAGGAAAACAAUCUUCGUUUCUUUUCAGCCAAGACGUUUAGUAAAUAUUUUUAGUACAGCACUUAGCAGACAACUUUCUAAGUGUGCUUUCUUGCCAUGAGUGUCCUGGCAAGAGCCCUUUCUUUUUAAGACAUCAGGAAUCCAGCCAGACCCCAGCUGGGAGCAAGGUCCUCCCCCAUUUGUAUUUGAGCUACCCACUCACUCCCUAGGACCCAGGACCCAGUGGAAGGAAACCGGAGGACCUGCGUUGGCCCCGGAGAGCAUUAGUCACUCAUCUCUGGCGCUAUUGCCCACCCACUGUUGGCAAGUGGGGACAGCUGAGGGGGCCCCAAGUGGUGAAGGGCAGAAGUCCCUUGCUUGGCCAGGCAGGCCAUUUCGCAGCCCCAAAGAGACCAGGAUUUGGGGACAGAAUCUGCAGGUGCUCCCCUCUCCAGAACCAGGCCCCAAAUCAGCAAUAAUGAAUCAAUUCUGGACUCCGCCUGGGCAGGCAGAGGCGACUGUGUCCGUGCCUCAGCCUCAGCCGGUUCUGGGAAGCCCCAUGCUGCCUCUCUGAAUUCUUACUUGCCUGAUUUAUAUAUAUGACAUAUAAAUAUAUAUAAAAUAGCUAUUUUGCUUAAAUUUCUAUGGUAUGUGGAAAUGAAAAAAAAAUGAUGAAGACAGGGCAGUCCUGUCUGAGUUUGGCCCUCCUGCCAGCUGUGCCCUCUACCCUCUUCCAAUGGCUUCUGCCAACAGUGGGGGGCUGGGCCAACAUGGACACUGUCCCAGCCCCUCAAAACUCCCAUUCUAACCUUUCCUGCUUCACUUUUGUCCUGAAAACUCACCACAGGGUUUUUCUUUCUACUCCAGAACUGGUUUUGUUUUUAUAAAAAA